UUUGUUAAUAAAUCCAAUGUUGAAAUUGGGGAAAAAAAUAGAAGAAGAAAAGUUAAGUGAUAAAUAUGUAAAUUUAAUUUACAAGGUCAAUCAUAAAGAAAUGUGUAAUGCUGCUACCACUCACCAACAAUAUGGAGAUCCAAGGCGUCCAAAUCUGACAGAAAUUACGGAAAAUAUUAUGCCCCGUUGAGUAGAGUAUGGUGUGAAAAAAAUUACGUAUUUGUUUAUAAUACGUUAUGAUUUUUGAAGCGGUAAAUUUAUAAACCCCAUAAGAUUUAUCAGAAAGGAAUUAUAAAGAUCAAAGGCUUACAGAAAAAGUUAUCGAAUAAUUAGAAACAAAUAGUUUUUGGAUAACGCAAACACAGCAACCCUAAAGCUAAUGAAUCAUUAGUUUUGUGGAUUCCAGACAAACAAGUAUCCGCCUUUGCGACAGCAUCGUACACGCCCCGCGGAACAAUAAAGAUCUAAACACCAGACAAACUCAAAGCCGUCACAAUGACGACAAAACCAGCAACAGUAACGCUGGGCAUUAGUGGCCGCCUUGGUGGUAAAACCAAUACUAACAACAACCAUAACAACACUGCCUCAUUUACCGCACGCCCCGCACAUAUCACACAAGCAUCGCCCACCGUGGCGAAACGUGGACACAUCCGGUCCGCGUCGCUGGAGAACGGCAAUUCCUUCACAGCCAAGAACACACUCGGUUUGCCCGUGGCAACAGCACGCGAACAGCAACAACAACACCAGCAGCAACAGAUAAACUUAAUGAGUCACACCGGCACGCUGAAGUCGCGCAAUGAGCAAAAGCGCAUGCGCGGACAGAAAUUCGGCAGUCACAGCAGUUUGGAUCAGGAUGCGUUGCCCAGCAGUGCAGGGCGGACCAAAUUUCAGAAUAUACGCCAAAUAUUUGAAAUAACCAAAAAGCGAACAUUCGGUGGCAGUAGCGGCGGUGGGAGUGGUAGCGGUACUGCGACUGCCGGCGAUGCAGAUAAAAUGUCUGCCAGCACCAACAGUAUCAGCAACAGUCAAGCGCAGUCCAACGGCGUUGAUAAUCAACGUUUGAACACACAACCGCAUGUCGCAACAACCACAACAACAACACACGGCGCCACCCCCAGCACCGCACCUGCACUAAUGUCGACCUCCAUGCCGAGCCUACAGCUGCGCCAACACACCCAAGCAUCCUAUCAGCAACAUCAGCAAUUGGUGCGUAAACCCACGCCAACGCUGACGCUGAUGGGCGCCAACGGAAGCGGAAAUCGCAGCAGUUACUCGGAAAUAAGCGAUCGGCUGAGCAUAGCGGAGAGUGUUGGCGGCAGCAGCGGCAGUUGCAUGUCUGGCAGCUUCACUAAUAUGGCUGGCAAUGCGCUGGAUGCGAAACAGAAACUGCGCUUGCAACAACAAUUACAGCAGCAGCAACAGCUGGUGCAACAACAACAGCAGCAGCUGCAGCAACAGCACCUGCAGGCGCAGCGGCAACACUCACAGCCCGCAAUGGGUCAGUUGGCGCACCUACAUCAACAACAACAACAACAAAUGCAGCAACAACAGCAACACAUGCAGCAGCAACAACAACUGCAAUUACAGCAAAUGCAACAGCAGCCGCAGCCACAGCAACAACAACAACAAUUGCAAUUACAACAAAUGCAACAACAACAACGCAGUUCCGGCGACAUAUCACACUUGCAACACAUUUCAACAGCAGCAACAGGUCAAACUGCAACAACAACAACAAUGAAUGGCAGUGUCGGCGUUGGAGAAACCGGCGAGCAGCAGUCGAAGCCAUCAGCAGCGCUUGCAACAACUACAACAGCUGCACCAGCUACAAUAGCAGCAACAACAACAGCCACACCAACGAUGUCUGUGAUGACGUCGUAUGAGAAUCUUUUGCGUCCCAUCGCCUUCAAGCCAAUCCCCUUCGAGCCGGACUACAGCUUACAGCACGGUCGUUAUAUUGCCGGCGAUGUGACUGCAGCGACAACAGCAGCGGCGGCGGCGAACUCAAAUGUGGCGACGGCAGUUGUGGGCGAUCGUUAUGGCUCUACGCCAUCUCUGGCAGCGGCUCAGGGUUCGAACAGUAUGCGUUUUGGCAGCACGUCUGAUUUGCGGCAUGGCAGCGCCGGCGGUGGCAGCGGUGCUGGUGUCGGUGCUGGCGGUGGUGUGCUCGGAGGAGGCAUGGCCGUUGGCGCUUAUUCAAGCAAUAAUUAUUGCAACAGUCUCAUGGCGCGCCGUCGUGGUUCCAGAUCGUUGAAAAUCAACGAUAGCAUGGAAUCGAUUCGGCAUACACCGGAUUCGGACGCGAAUAGUCAAAGUAGCACAAUCAAAUCGACGGGCAGCAGCGCACACAACAACGCCAGCAACAACAGCAAUGGUCUGCAGCAAAACGCUAUGCUCGGCGGCACAAGCAACUUCGGUUUCAUUGGCGUGGGCAGCACAGCCGGCAGUGGCAGUGGCAACUCGAGUGGCAGCGCCGGCAAUGGCAGUGGCAAGUAUCUGCUGAGCGAACAGUGCGAUAUGACGCCUUCACCGUCCGACUCGGGCAUAUCAGACUUGGAAGCGGCGCUUAAGGAUCGCGAUUCGGAACUCUCCUAUCUACGCCAAACAAUGGAGCACAAUGAGAAAGUAAUAUUCCGAGUACAAAAGGACAAAGAGAACUUCUGGGAGCAUGAGACAAAGCGUCUGAAGACGUUCUAUGAGGCUCAGCAACGUGAAUAUUUAUUGAAAAUGAAGAAAAUGGAGCAAAUGCUGGCCAUGCAACAAUUCCAGUUCAAACAGCACAAGCUGCGGCAUACCGACCAAUCGAAUAAGCUGCGGGAGCAGGUGGCCGAUUUGAAGAAUGAAAAUGAGAUUUUGAGAAGCACCAAUGGCAGCUUGAAGAAUUCCGAGCGUAAUCUCAAGGACAGCGUCGCUUAUAUUGAAGAGCAAUUGCGAGAAUCGGAGAACACCAUCGCCGGCAUAAAAGCGCAGUUAGAGGAGAGCGAAUGGAAAGUUUGCGAACGCAAUGGCGAGCUGGCGCUGCUCAAAUCGCAGCUCAAGGAAGCAAAUGUCGAAAUCACGCUGAAGGAACACGCCAUCGUGCAUCUGCGACACGAGAACACCAACGCCGAAACGCAAAUCUACGAAAGUCUGCAGGAGAACCAGAAAAUGACGAAACAACAGAAGCAAGUCGAACAGCAGCAGGCGCGCACCGACAAGCAAGCCGAAAGCGAACUGAAGCAGCUGAACAAGAUCAUCAUACUCAAGGAUCAGGUGAUACUGGCGCUCACCAAUGAAUUGGCCAAGCUGCGCAAAGAGCUCUCCGACCUGGCGAUCUUCCAAGAGUACGGCGAGGAGCCCUCCGGACGCUUCAUACGCCUCAAACAGCAAUUGGACAACCUCACAGACAUUUGCAAUCGCACGCGCCGCCAAGCGCACAAGCCGGAAAUCACGGCGGUCAAUGGCGCCAAGGAGAAGGUCAUCGACGACACUAACCUGGAGUUGAUAAUGAAUUGCCUGAAGAUCGCGCCGCCACUCGACGACACCGACGAAAGCGAAAAUGAACGCGAACGUGCGCAAAGCAAGCAACGCGCCGAGAAGCGUUUGGCCAAAAUGUCCGCUGACAUACAGAACUUCGUCUACGGCGCACAAAACCUGCCCGACAUUGCGAUGAAUCAUCAGACGACGCAUAAACCGCUCAAAUACACACAGUCCAAUCCGAACAAGCUUGAGGAGUCGACGCUAGACACGCUCAUCGAAGAGUCAGCGAGCUACGCCGAGGAGAUCGCCAAGCUGCGCAAACAGCUGGACGAUGUGCGCGUCAAUUUCGAGCUGGAAAAGCGCCAGUGGUGCGAGGAGCGCGAGAAGGUGCUGAACUACCAAAAACAACUGCAAGCGCACUACAUCAACAUGUAUCAGAAGCUGCGCAGCCUGGAGGGUACCAAUGAGGUUUAACCACGCCACCCAGCGCCGGGAAGGCAACAACGCUGCAGUCGCUUUUUUAGAAACACACACAUUCAGUUCAUUUGCUUAUUUAUAUAGUAGAAGCCGUAGUUAAUUUGUUAAUUGCUCACACUGUAUGCAUAUAUAGUUUAAUUAUUAUAUUGUUAUUGUAAUUUUAAAAAUGUCAACUAACAUACCACACACAUAUAUGUAUAUGUA